AUGGAAUCACGCAGAUUAUUGAAAUCAAUGGCACGCUUACUUGAUGACUGCAAGAAAAUGAGGGAGCUUAAACAGAUUCAUUCUCAGAUCAUAACAUCACCAUAUUUCUCAAAAUCUGAUAAUCUCUUCCUAAUUUCUCGUCUCAUCUUCUUCUGUGCGGUUUCCUGUUCUGGAUCUCUCACUUACGCUUCUCGUGUUUUUCGAGUCACUGACAACCCUAAUCUCCCUAUAUACAAUGCCAUGAUCAGAGCAUAUUCUUGUCAAUUCAGUAACAAGGACCAUAAACCACACUCCUUGGUUUUGUAUAAGCAAAUGUUGUUGAAUUGCAUUGUACCGGAUUCUAUUACUAUCCCCUUCCUCUUGAAGGAAUGUGGGAGCAGAUUUUAUUUUGUGGUGGGCCAGAGCAUUCAUGCUCAUUCAGUUAAGUUUGGGCUUCACCAUGAUGUGUAUGUGGGAAAUUCUAUGAUUGGUUUUUAUUUUGCAUGUGGGGUUUUGACAUAUGCGUGCAAUGUAUUCGAUGAAAUGUCUAAAAGGGAUAUUGUAUCUUGGAAUUCAAUUAUUAUUGGGUGUUUAAGAAGUGCGGAGCUUGAUAUGGCACUUGACUUGUUUACGAGGAUGGAUAAGAAAAAUAUCAUUACUUGGAACUCUGUGAUCACUGGAAUGGUUCAGGGGGCUAGACCAAAGGAGGCCAUUGAAUAUUUCAAAGAAAUGCUUGUAUCAAGGGAGGACAUGAUUUACCCUGAUAAAAUCACCUUAGCUAGUGCAAUUUCAGCUUGUGCGUCGCUAGGGUGGCUUGAUCAUGGCAAGUGGGUGCAUGGUUACAUGUUGAGAAAUGGGAUAGAGUGUGACAUGGUAACUAGAACAGCGAUGGUGGACAUGUAUGGCAAAUGUGGAAAUGUAGAUAUGGCGAAAAGGGUUUUUAAGGAUUUUCCCAAGAAGGAUGUUUUGGCUUGGACAUCAAUGAUCUCAGUGUAUGCUCUUCAUGGGUAUGGCAAUGAGGCCUUUGAUCUUUUCGAUGAGAUGGUUGCAUGUGGACUGAGACCCAAUCCAGUAACUUUUGGUGCAUUAUUGACAGCAUGUGCUCAUUUGGGUUUGAUAGAGAGGAGUCGUUGGUAUUUCAACAUUAUGAAAAGUGUUUAUCUGAUUGACCCAACGGUCCAACAUUAUGCUUGCAUGGUUGAUAUUCUUGGUCGAGCAGGACUUUUCGAUGAGGCCAAUAGGCUUAUUGCCAGUAUGCCCAUAGAUCCAGAUGUUUUUGUCUGGGGUGCAUUACUUGGUGCCUGUCAAAUGCAUGGCAAUGUAGAGCUUGGAGAAAAGGUUGCUAAACAUUUGAUCAGUUUGCAGCCUCUAAAUCAUGUUUUUUAUUUCACAUUAUGUGAUAUACAUGCCAAGGCGGGUAAAUUUGAUGAUUUGGAGAAUACUAGGGCUCUUAUGAAUGACAGAGGGAUCAAGAAGGAUAUGCCAGGUAGCAGCAUGAUUGAAGUUGAUGGCAUUAUUUAUGAAUUCUCAAUAAAAGGGUCAUCUGAAGUCCUGGUGGAGGAGACUAAGAGUCUCUUAUAUCAGCUAACUGAAGUGAUGAAGGUAGAUCAGGAUACGUUACUUAUACUGAAUAAGCAGUAGAGAAGCCAAGAAGGGGUUGCAUGCUGCACAGUGACAUUUGUUUGAAUUUAUAGCAAAUUGUCUAUUUUAUCAUCUACAUUCACCAUUUUACAGUCACCAUUCGGUGUUGACAUUGAGCCAAGUUUACCAUGUGAGGAGAAGAGACUCAUCCAGUCUGUUUUUUUACCAAGU